UCGAGGCAUCCGUGAUGGCAGGCAACAUUGCUUUGCCGCUGCAAGAAUUCAUUGCAUCUUUACACCGUGACAAUCUGCCAAAAAUCCUACAAGUUUGCUCUGGAGUGUACUUCCAAGGUUCGAUUUACGAGAUCUCGGGGACUGAAGUGUGCUUUUCUACCGGGGAUCUCAUAAAGGUCAUUGGCAUUGAGCUCCAGUCAGUUUCCUGCGAAGACAUCAGCAACAAUGAGAAAUUUGAGCUGCCUGUCAACCACACAGGCCGGUUCAGAGUGGUGCCAGAGGAGAUGCCGUACAGUUCAGUGGAGGAGAUGAUGAGCCUGAGGCCUGUGGAGCUGGAAUCCUGCCUUCCCUUCACCUUUACCAGCUACUCCAAAAUGACCUUUGGCGGCCUCUCCCUGGGGGCCAGCACUGCUCUGACUGUGGUCUCCAUCGAGCGACGCCAGGGCCAGGGCCAGGAGGACCAGGUCUGCUGCCGUGUUCGAGGACAGCAGGACGCCUCAGCCGAAGUGCGGGUCCCUCUGUCUUCCCGAGGGCAGUUUUACGAGUGCGAGAGCGAGGAAUGUUUUACUCUGAAGGAGAUCCUGUCUUCGCCCUGCCUGCGUAGCCGAAGGUUUCGCUUUGUGAAAGCCACCAAAUGUGAACAGUCCCUUGUGCUCAGUCCGGUCUACCAGGUCCAUGCCAUCAUGAGCUUGAGGAAGAAUUUGCUGAAGUUCCCGUCCAGUUUGGAGGUGGAUGUGGUCGAUGUCACUGACGAGUGUAAAGAUGUCGACUUCGUGACCCCUCUCACUCUGACGGAGGUCGUGUCUCAGCCGGAUGAAUCGUUCCCCGUAGUCGUGGAAAUACUGGAGGCCCCGGAGACCCGGUCCAUGUUCAAGUGCAGCUGGCUGCCAGAACUUAACAAGAGUGCACACCUGGUUUUGCACAAGAAAGGAACCACGACCAUGUUUUUGUUUUCCAGCUUGAAGAGUCGGAAGCCGCAGCAGUACUUCCUAGUUUCCGAGAAUUAUGGUGGACGAUUUCGGAGACGGCCAAGAGAGUUUAAUUCGGUGUAUGAGCUGUACGUUGCAUCGACCCAGACGCCGAGUCUGAAGGUCAACGUAACAAGGAACUGUGAGGAAGUGGAGGAGGAAGGCAUUCCUGCUCUCGGCAUUGGGGAGCAUCUGGAGAUUGUGUCCUGCACUAGAAUGGAGCUGCCUUGCGACAGCAGCAAAGACCAGAGCCAGUCCGUUGAAGCGCUCUUGUGUCGGCGUCUUCAAGAGCCAGCGGAUGAUGACGAUGAGGACGAUGAAGAUGAUCAACAAGAUGUGAAAGAGGAGAUGUUGCUACCUCUCUACAUGCAGGGUCAUUUUGUGGAGGUACUCGGCGAUAACAAGAAGUAUAAACUCUGUGACCUGAGUAAGAAUGUUAGUUUGCCACUGGAUGUGAAAGUGGUGAGCCGCGAUUCAGAACUGGAGACUGAUCCCUUAGCCGGGCUUGGAUGCCUCAGGACCGAGGGAAUACUGACGGAGUCAACGAUCCAGGCGAGCUUUCCGCACAGGCCCGACUGCUGCUUUGAGAUCCCGGCCCAGUGGCUCUCCCUGUCCGUCUCCUUCACCAAGGACCCGCUGCCGUGGCCUCAGGGUGAAGCUCCCAAGCUCCACGUGGAAAAGGUCACCGAGAUGACGGAUGCGUUCUUCUAUGAAUUUCACAAGAAGGGCAGCGUGGACGAGGCUCCCCCACCCAGACCGCCAAAGCGAAAUUUGUCGUCAUCAAAAUCAACAAAGAAAGCUUCGAAAAAAAUAAACAAAGCAAGCAAGGCGAACAAAUCUAAAAAUCAAACGAGCAAAAGUGUACCAACCCAACAGUUCAGUAAUUUGACUUUAAACCACAAGCGAAGGCCCCCAGCACCUCUACCUCCAGAUGACGUAAAUGAUCAACCUCCCCCAAUCGCACCCCGAAAGAACUCAGAGGUGACGAUAACAACAUCCAAGGCUCUGCCAAACACUUACGUAAAAAUAGACCAACCGAAGAAAACAGGCUCAUUCAGUGAAACCUCUGCAGACGUGGACAGUGACCAUGACUAUGAAAUUGUGGAUGAGCCUUUGGCUGUUACAGUAAAGGCAGCACAAGAGAGCGUUAAGUUUUACUAAAACUUAUAGGUCUAAAAAAACAUCACAUGUGGACAGUGAAAACCAGAAUCAUGAGUGGAUAAUAUCUUGGGCAUUUAAGAAACCCUUGUCAAAAUAUGAAUUCCAGUUUCGAGAUGUUUAGAGGUGUGCUCUUCGACCUAAUAACUGUUUCACUCUAAGUACAGAUGUGACACAUGCAAGCAUUUCUGGAGAUGGUAUCUCGUGUUUUAACACUCUCAUGUGGUCUACAAGGUUGUUUUUAAAUCUCUUUUCUUGACCACUGAAAGUACUCCGUCCAUGUAAAAGUGGCUGAACAAAUACCAACAUUUUGUUUCAGACACUUGAACUCUUGAAAGCUUUAACUGUAUGAAAAGGGGUGUGGUUUCAGCUAGAGGUUUUGUAGUUUCAAUCAUUAUUCUGUGCAAUAUUCAGUUUAGGUAUAGGGCGUCCAACACGGCUGACUGCAAAGCCCCCCUGGGACCACAGACAUCAGUCACUUCCUGAUUUAAAGAAAAACCACAAAAAAAAAAGCAUAACUAGUGUUGCAUGUAAAUGUCCUCCUUCCACCACGUGUAAGUAACCUGAACUCAAUUCAGUCCUUGACGGGAGGCCAAAAACUGAACCACAUUACAGAAACUCUCCUCCCGAUCAAAUACAACUGAGUGGGGGGAGGAAAAACAACAAACUACCAUUCUAUUGAAUUGAAACUAUUUAAAUGUUAAUGUCAAACUAGUUCAAUGUUGUACAACAGUGCAUCUAUUUUAUAGCAUUUCUAAUUGUUUGAAAGUAGAAGCUAUUAUUUAAAUGUGUAUACAGAUUUAUAUUAAAAUUUGUACAAAACAUCCCCUGUGUGCGUGUGUCUUCAUAGUCCAAGUAGACCCGUGUAGUUUCUGCUGUUUUUAUUCUCUGCAUGAGC